AUUGUAAUGAUUUUGUAAAAGAGGUAGAAAAUACGAAAGAAAAAACAGUUAAAGCAAGUGAUGAAAAGGAGAGUAGUAAAAAUGAGAAGAAAGAGGAUAUGAGUGGAUUGUAUAGUAUCGGACAUAGUAAGGAAAAGAAGGAAAUUAAAAGGGACGAAAAUAAGAUACUCACCUGCUACCAAAACACCAGUAAUAUUGACAAGGACGAAAAGCAGAUGCUUGAGCAGAAUUUGGAGUAUGUCGAAGGUGGAGAAUCAGUUAUAGAACCUAAAGUAGAAGAUGAAAAUAGAUUAGUAUUUGACCGCGGAAAAUUAAUUAAAAGUGAAGCUCCAAUAUCCGAUAUACAUUGUGGUGAAAGUGACGCUGAAAGUAUACUUGUGGAAUCUGAUAGUAAAAAGUGCAUGGCCAGAUUUGAUGAAGCCACAGUAUUGGAGUGGGAUACGAAAGUUGCUGAUGAUGUUGAGUCUUGUGGACAAACCGAUGUUGAGUAUAGUUACCAAAAGAAAGGAGAUAGAAACCUAAGAGAUAAAAUAGGAAUUAGGGUUGCAGAUGUGGUGUUUAAUAAAGAUGAAUCUGUUAAUCUAGGUGAGAAAGAUGUAGAGCUGGUUGGAAGUAUAGCUUCAAAAGACAUAGCUAUAAUCUACUGUGAUGAUGAAAGUAUUUCAAUUGAUUCGGGUAAUAACUAUAAUAUGAGCAUCGCUAAGGUUGGCAGUAAUAGACCUGAAGAGCGCAAAUAUCAUUGCAAGUAUAAAAUCCAUGUAAAGGAUUAUUGCGGAACUAGAGAUAGCAAUGUGGAUAAGAAUAAUGUCCUUGGUCGAUUGUUGAUAAAACGAAUAGGCGAUAGUU